AUGUCAAGCAACCAAGGUGGUCUCUCAUCGAAUCAAGCAGGACAAACUACAGGUCCUCGUAGUGGUGGUGCAGGGGGAAAUGAUCAAGCAAUAAGUGGAUCAAGUACCGGUUCAAAUGCUCCAGGACAAAGUAAAGGUGAUCCUGGUGCAGGUGCUGGUAGUGGCUCAUCUGGUCCUGGUGGAAGUGGUACAAAUGUUUCAAGCAAUCAAAGCCAAAAGCGCUAA